CAGUUGCUCUACCCUUCAGGCUCUGGAAGGUUGGACUGUGAUCAUGUGUAAGACUAGUAGCUUUUCAAGUUCGCGUCCUGCUGUGAAAGUGGAUGACCUGAACCGUUGAGUUUGUAUGCAGAGCUGCAGCUUAUGAACUCGAUGACUUUGUCCUCUGAGAUGCCUGGAAGUCAGUACCAGGUGAAGGUCAGCACCACCCACCACCACCGGACCUACAGCCUGACAGACAGCUCUGAUGGUGACCAGGACUCUGACGAGUCAGAUGCCUCCACCCGCCUCAACCCCCUGCAGAGGCUGACCACCAACAUGUGCAAGGAUGAGAAGACAGUGAAGGAGCUGGUCAUCGGCCGCCGGGUGGGCUUCUACAAAGUGCGAGGGGAGAUUGGAUACGGGACCUUCUCCAAAGUCAAACUGGCCUUCCACGCACUGACUAAAGACAAGGUAGCCAUGAAGAUCCUGGACAAGACCCGGCUGGACACCCAGGCCCAGCGUCUGCUCUCCAGAGAGAUCACUAGCAUGGAGAACCUGCAGCAUCCCAAUGUGGUGCGUCUGUACGAGGUGGUGGAGACCCCCAGCCGCCUGCACCUUGUGAUGGAGUUUGCAGGAGGGGGAGACCUGCACAACCGACUCUGCAAUCAGGGGAAGCUGUCUGACAACACUGCCAAGGUCAUCUUUGCUCAAAUUCUGUCUGCCAUCAAAUACAUGCACCAUCUGAAUAUCAUCCAUCGGGACCUGAAGGCGGAAAACGUUCUGUUCACCAGCAGCGGGUGCGUGAAGGUGGCGGAUUUUGGAUUCAGCACACGAGUUUCGAACCGUAACAACGCACUGGAUACUUUCUGUGGCUCCCCACCGUACGCUGCUCCGGAGCUGUUCAGGGAUGAAUGCUACCUGGGACCCCCCGUCGACGUGUGGGCCAUGGGGGUCUUGCUGUUCUUCAUGGUGACCGGCACUAUGCCCUUCCGAGCCGAAACUAUCGGCAAGCUCAGGCGCAGCAUCAUUGACGGCGUGUAUAGCAUCCCACCAUGGGUCCCCGGCCCCUGCCAGAGACUCAUCAGAGGCAUCCUGAAGACAGUCCCUGAAGAACGCUGCGCUAUUGACCAGAUGCUGGGCUGUGAUUGGCUGUUACCCGUGGAGUUUCCCUGGUCAGUGGGACCUCUGGAACCAAUGAGUCCACUGCAAAGCCUGUUGGACUCAGACCGGGAUUAUCUGGACAAUGAUGACAGGGAGUUGGAGGAAGAGGUCCGGAACACGAUGAGGAAUCUGGGUUUCACUCCCGAGCAUCUACUCAACAACCAGCUGAAAGACAUUCGAAACCCAGUCACCGGGGUUCACCGAAUGCUGCUGCACCGUGCCCAGAAGAGGAGGGGCUGUGACACUCUGCCAGUGGUGCGGGGGAUGGUGAGGGACCCAAAGAGGGAAGGGCUGCGGGCGUACAGGGGGCUCAGACACUCCUCCAAGCUUUGCGUCCUCUCAUGAUCCACAUCUGUCCGCUGACGGCAAGAUGCGUCGAUGUGGUUUCCUAUGGACUUUUGUGGAUGACAUCAACUCACAUCUGGUCAGACAUGCUUUACUGACUCAGCAUGUUUCAAGUCAGGUUCUGAGCUGGACAAACAAUGGGUUGAGUCUAACCAUUCCCAAUGUUCCUUGAUCAGCUUCUGACUCCCAGGAGUGCAUCUUCAAAUGUAAAGCUCACAGUGCCUGGCGUCAGAGGAAACCUUGACGGAGCGUUUGAUAUUUAACUCUAUGCAGAAAGUAGUGGCCACCACGACCGCUUCCUUGUUGAGUUCGUUCUGAGUGACGUCUUUAUUGUUUUUCUAUUAUUUCCUAUGUUGGACUGUUCAUGUGGUUUGAAUAGGACUUUGGGCGAGGGCACAACACAGUUUACAUUCUCACCCUUUGUAGUUGAUGCUGUUUGUUUUUCAUCAAUGUUCAUUGUGGUGAGGUCAGAAGAAGAUGUGUUUUUACAAUGAUGCCAGUUAAAUUUGAAAAUGUAUACAAUGUGGUAAUGGAAUGAUAGUUCAAUGGGGCUAUUACACACCGGGAGUGGAGUGUGUUUCAUGUUUCUAUUUCAUGAGAGAAUCUCGGUCUGUUUUGGGGUUCACCUUUCUUCCAAUAGAGGUGCUGUAUUUUAGUUUGGCACGUCUCUACGUGACUCAGUGGCGGCCCCUGGAGGAGCUCAGGGUGAAACUGCAGCUGCGCCUCAGAGCCGCUUCUUGUUGCUGCUGCAACUCGAUCCCAACUCCGAUGAUGUUACAAAGUGAAUGAACAUGAACCCAGUGUAAUUUAUUGGUCGAGCAUUUCAAUGCAAUGAUUGUUUGGAUAAAUAAUGUACCUGUUGCCUUGGAAUGUCAAUCACUGAAACUUUUUAAUGUCAAAGUUUUAGAGCUCAUUUUAUGCCGACUGCCCGUCUGGUGCUGGUUGUUUCACUACGUUUUUUUUGUUAAAUUAAAUUUGACAAUAAAGUU